AUGAAGGUCAUAUUGCAGCGUGUCCUGUCGGCGUCCGUCACUGUCGACAAGGAGAUGAUCUCUUCCAUCGGCAAGGGCGUCCUGGCCUUUGCAGCCGUGGCCCCCGGGGACACGGAGAAAGAGGCUGACCUGAUGGCUGCCAAGGUGCUGAGGAUGAAGCUGUGGGAUGACGAAGAGGGCGGCAAGGCUUUUUUCAAGUGGAAGAAGAGCGUCAGCGAUAUUGGCGGCGAGGUUCUCUGCGUGUCGCAGUUUACGCUGCUGGCUAGCACAAAGAAGGGAGCCAAGCCUGACUUUCACGGUGCUGCCAACCCGGAGGAGGCACGUCGGCUAUACCACUACUUUGUGCAGAAGGUCAGGGCGAGUUACAUGGAGGAGAGAGUCAAGGAUGGGCGAUUCCAGGCCAUGAUGGAGGUUGCUCUCGUCAACGAUGGGCCGGUUACUCUGGAAUUGAAGAACGGCGCCAAGACGGAGUGA